AUGAUCAUCGCGGGAAAUGGCGGGGAGGGGCGAGGCCUGGUGAGAUAUGCGGAGGAUGGGAGUGAAGCGACGCGAGGAAAGGCGGACCGUCGAGUGUCGUCACCAGGCCUGUUGGGGCUUGGUGGGAAGUGGCAAAGGCUGUUGGGAUAUGAGGAGUACGCGAGUGAAGCGUCGGGGAGAGAGGCGGGGCAUCGAGGAGCGUGUCGGUCCUCCACUAUUGCUCGUACACCAUUGGUUCAUAGUAUCAUAGGAAAACGGUGUGUGUCGGACGGUGGGAAAAUUGUCAAGUGUCAAUUGUGCAAGGCGCCGCCGGAGAGAAAAUUAGUGCUGCUAAGGGAGACGUUUGGGACAAAGGAAAGUACAGAACGUUCGAAUAUACUUCUUUUUAUUUUUAGUAAAUGCAAGGAGAUGCUUCUUGAUUCCAUGAUUUUCCAAAGUUCAUCUCAUUUGACACAGUUUACAAAUGUGAGAGUACAGGCAGACAGGAGACGAGGAACAAGAGCAGGGGAGGGCGAGCUCGCGAGCACCGGUGCAGGCGAAGGCGUGCGUGGAGGCGGGGGAUGUGGUGCAACGACACAAUGCCAGGACGGACACUCGCAAUGCCUCUAUCACGGUUUUAACCACCCCGGCCUCACCACCCACACUGGCAUCGUCACAGUCAGUCAGCAUCCAUCACCCAUUACUACCACCAUCAGCACCGCGACCAUAAACACUGUCCCUCCAUCGCGCCUGCAGCCCAUUCUCACAGUUCCUAACCGUAUCAUCGUGUUCGCCCCCACCUCGGCCCUCGCGGUCCAUCCAGCCCCGCGCGCCGCCCGCACGCGUGCAACCGGGAGGGGGCGGGGCAGCGGCGGAAGGGGGCGGGAGACGAACGCAGCCGUUCGAUCCGGACGCCGAAUGCCCUUCAGUCUUUACGGCUUCUUGUGCGACUUGAUUUUUCGACGCACUCUGGAACAAGAGAGUGGCAUGGUUGUUGACGGCUCCAACGAAAGCUGGAUAAAAGAACCCUGUCCCCCGUCAAAUGAACGAGCAAUAAUUCUCUUUGGAACGCGUGCGUGCCGCGGGAAAUCGUCCAAAGCGGCGUGCCUGCGACAUGCUGCUUGUGCCAGGCAACGAGAGCGUUGGCGAGCUGCGGCCAAUUUGGCCUUGCCUGUCCCCCGAGCCCCUGACACGCCGCUCAAAGCUUCAAUAAAGCAGCUCUGUCUGCACCUGACAUUCUGGCAUGGACAGUCGCUCUGUACUUGGGCGGCAGGUAACAGACGGUCUUGCUAUUCAACUUGUGAAGAUAGUGCUAGCUUUCUACCAAGUUUUCUCGUCAUAGAAUUCGAUGGCAAGGUGCUAGUGCGUAAAAUACGCUGUGACCGGGAUGGAUGUGAUCAAAUUUUACAGGUUUUUUACAUUUCUUCUCGUGAUUGUAUUAGUGAUGGCAUUAUUAAGACCAAUCCACUUGUGAAGGAGAUAAACUACCAUUGCACAGCAGAGGGAGGAAAUUUGUACGAGAGGAGGAGACGUGGGAGGAGUACAGAAAUUGUCAGGUGGACAAAUGGUGAAGUGUCGAGGAAGAAUUUUCGCAGACAUCACUUCGGACUGCCGCACGGCAUCGUAGAAUUCAAUCAAAUUGGAAACGGUGAAUUACAUCAAGAUUUUCUGGAAUUAGGUAACACUCUGGUGCUCAUUGGAAGAUUUGUAGUACUUCACAAAUACCUUGCACAAUGUGGGGCAACAAAAGUAGACAAGUGUAAAAAACCGGUUACUCCGAUCGGUCAAUUCCCUAUCUCCUCACGUCAAUUCCAGAAGGAUACCGAAGCAGAAACGACGGAAUACGUAAUGCGCGCCAAACACUCAACCUCGGGGCCAAACCAUGAUCUGAUCAACCAUUUACACAUGGGCCAUUCCGCAUGA